CUUUUCUGCCUCCGGACUUCUCUACCUAAUGAAACCCUUGAUUCCAACUCCUCUGACUGUGAGGGGACCACCCAGCAGAUUGCCUCCCAUGACCUGCAGAGAGACAUGGACUAGGAGUCACAGAUGCAGAAAACACAAACUCUCACCUGUUACUUCCAGCAGCCAACGAGCUGUGGGACUAUGAAAAUUUGGUUGGUGACAUUAAGAAGACAUUCCUCCAACAUCUGGAAUGCCCUUCAUAGUGUCCUUGAUGUCCCAAGGGCUUGGCAAUGGUCACAUGAAGCCCAUGGCCUUAGGACUUCUGCUACAUGUCACCAAGGCAGAAUCUCUGGAGCCCUUGUCUGAUCCAAGCACAGAAAUUAGCCUCUGGGAAGGCAACCAGGAUCUUCAAUCCCAGCUGGCAAAGUGCAAGCAGGACCUGCGAGACCUCAGGGAGAAAUUCCUUAUGACCAGAGCUACUGCCUGCUCCUUGGCCAACCAGCUGAAGAAACACAAGUCUGAGGAGUACAAAGACAUCAUCCAACCCAUGCUGGAGGAGAAGCUGCACCUUGGGCAGGGGAUGCUGGCAGAGAGGCAGAUGCUGGCAGAUAUGCUCAAGGAAUGCAUCACCCUGACUGAAGGUCAGGAGCAAGACCUGGCCCAGCUGAAGCAUAAGUUACAGGAAGUGGGAAAGGUGUCUGUCCUCCUCAAACAGCACUUCCAGGACGUCCUCAGCCGUGAUGACCCGGACAACUAUCAGGGACAGGCCUUUGUACCACCCGAUGAUCAGAAUGAUCAUGAGGGAGAAGACGGACAAUGGCCAGUGUGCCCCAGGGACCACUCCCUACCGCUGCUGUCAGCACCAGCGGAGAAGUCAUGGCAUCUGCCCCCCCUUGGUUUGUUUCCGUCCUCUCUGUACCCCCUGACACAGUGUGGAGCAGGAGGAAGUCCUGCGGCCUCCCAGGAUCCCUGUGCUUUGACUCCUCUGACGUGCCAGGAAGGGUCUGACUGCUACCAGCCAUACAACGAGGGAAAAUUCCCACUUGCUGGACAUGAAGUUGACGGUGCUCUGAAUGGAGCCUAUGAAAGCUCCCAUUCUGAAGGGGAUGAGACUCCACCUGGUCUCCCAGUCCUCAGCCCUACAUCCUCCAUACUCUUCCACGGGGAGCUGCGGGAGGUCGCACAGCAUGACAUCCCACAGGACUCACUGGAUGGUUGCUAUCUGACUUCCUCAGUUCUUCCUGACCUGUGUAACACCCAUUGCCCUUAUAGGAGCUCAGCCAUCAGCUCAUUUGAGGAACUGGAAGUCUGUUCUGUUCUGCAUGCAGCCAGAAAUCAUACUAACCUGGAAGAGGAGGAGGAAGACCAAGACCACAUUUUUUCCAGAAUCAUUGAUCCUCCCUGCCCAGUGAGACUCAGUUAGGAGCUGCUGAUGGUAAAAGAGAAGGAAGUCCCACAGGACGCAGUGCAUGAACGUUAUUUGACUUGCUCGAGGGUCUCUGACCUGCUGGCCUCCUAUAGGCCUUCCAGAAGUGCCUCAUCGACACCUGAUGUGCAGCAAGUCUUCAUGGUGCUGGAGGUAGACACACAAACCAUCAACAACCUGUAUGACUUAUGGGCCCUGGCCUGA